AUGAAAAAGAUCACUAAAAUUGACAACAAUCGUAGUACCAAUAAAAGCACGUUUCCGCAGAAUAAAGAACUGCGCCAGAAGUGGCUCAAAAUCAUUGGGUUAGAAAAUAUCAAUCCUGAACUUAAAGUACCAAAGGUCUGUUCACAACACUUUCCAGAAUCAGCAUUCAAUAGAACCCUAGAUGUAAUAAGGCUGCGUGAUGAUGUAGUACCAUUAAUCCACCUUGCACCUUCACAGAAUACACAUGAGCCAGAUCUAUAUGAAAUUGAAACUGGCAAAGAAGAUGCAGUCUCCACGAGUUCCAUUGAGUCACAAUCACCAACCUUACCAGUGGAGCACAUAUAUAUAAGAUCUGAAAAGGUACAGCAUCAGCCAUCCAACUUGCAAAAGAAUGAAAAAAUACAAGAAUUAUGCAAAAACCAGAGAAAAGAGAUUAAAAAAUUGAGGGAACGAAUUCGUCGCCGAGACCAAAAAAUCUUAAAAAUGGAAAAUGUUAUUAAUGAUUUAAAAAAAAGAGAUUAUAUUUUCCCGCUACGCGAUGACAUUUCGUUCCUUUUUGUCUAUGCUUCUAACACGGCCUCUCCUGACUGGAGCACGUCCUCGUGCUCCUGUGUCGCACUGUCGCAUAUUUACAGCACACGCUCCGUAGCAGGGACAUCACCGCGGUUUCUGGCAGCUUGUUCAGCUGUGGACUCUAUACUGUUUGCAUCUGAGAACAUAAGAAUUGGAUCGGGACGACGGUGGUUACCGGCGGUCACAUCGAUCCAUAUUAAAUCGUUAGCGCAGGUCACAAAAAAAUAG